AGAUGAUUGACCUAGCCUCUAUGACACAGUCGAAAUUUCCUUGAACCUAUUCAAUUCGUAAAUUAUGCAAUCUUUAGGUAAAUACGGACCCUUUAAUUGACACACAUUUUCCGAUCAUACUGUUCAAAAGUAAUUAAUGGUGUCAUGUAUUUUGUAGUAAGUCCUAUAUAAUUAACUACCGCCUAAUUCCCAGACUCGUACAAUAACAUACCAAGAACAAAGUUCUCAAUAGUGAUUUGUUACGGAAACCGUCCAAUUCUUUUUCGGGAAUAAGUCUUAACUAGUUUUAAUCGCCGCACUUAGCCUCGUCCUGGCACCAGCCCACUAAGGACUUUCUUGCGAAGCAACGACUACCAGGACUAGAAACCAGUUAUAACCUCAAAUAGACAUUCAUCCUUAAAAGAUGAAUGAAGCUGGGGUUUCUAAGUCGAACGUCGAAGAUGAGAUUGAAAGAAUUCCCGAAAAGAGCCCCGCAGAAACAUCCGCGGCAGUAGAACAAAAACCAAAGCCGGAAUCGGACCUUUCUGUUAACCAUUCUGUUGCUGAUGAAUUAAAUGGUGUCGUUGCUACUGCCGAUUCCGUAGAAUCGCCUACCGGUGAUCAAGAUGCUGAGAUCGAAGAAAGUGAAACAGAUAAUUCUUUAACAAUUCAGCAAAAUGAUCAUGCAUCAUUUAUUUCAGAAAGAUCACGCGUAGAUUCCGUUUCAACCGGUUCAAGUUCUACCGUGAAACCAGUGGAAAAAGCAGGAAAAAUAUACCCCAAAGUGUUUGUGUUUCAAGCAUUCGAAGAGCUUUCAAAAGCUAAAGCUGUGAAACGAAAUAAAAAAUUGCGUGAGUCAGUUGAUCAUGUUCUCUCUGAACUGCAAAAGCAACCUUUUCUUCUUCCAGAAGCACUACUAGAACCCCUUGCACUUGCUUGUAGCACCUCCAGCAAAACUGUGCUUACCAUUACUCUUGACUGUUUAAGCAAGUUAAUUACCUACAAUUACUUUGAUGUACCUCAUUUGAAUGCUUCAGAGUUGACACUCAUGGAGAAAGUAGUCAACAUAAUUGCUUCUUGCUUUGGCGGAGAAUCAACACCGGAGAAAGUGCAGUUGCAAAUAGUCAAAGCUCUCUUAGCUGCGGUUACUUCUAAACAUUGUGUCAUCCGUCAUUCUUCGUUACUAAUGGCCGUUCGACAAACCUACAACAUUUUCUUGCUUUGCAAGAAUCCCUCAAUUCAAGCAAUUGCCCAAGUCGCAUUAACUCAAAUGAUCGAUAGUGCCUUUCAACGUCUAUCCGUCGUGUUGGAUGAAGAACGGAUUUAUCCAACAGAAGACGAAACCUCGACAACCUCUGAAAAAACUCGAGAUCCUGUUGACAAAACAGAUACGGCUACUAUUGACAAUGAAGAAACACAGAAAAUUACACUCGAAUCUUUUGAGAAUCGAAAGAGUUUUGAACAGGUUCGAGAAGAAGCGCCUCCAAGCGAACAAAGCUUGGAGCAGCAACUAUUACGAGACGCUUUCUUACUUUUUCGGGCGCUUUGUAAGCUAUCAAUUAAACCCAUCUCUUACGAUAAUGAGUAUGAUUUGCGCUUACAUUCUAUGCGUUCGAAGCUUAUGAGCUUGCACUUAAUUUAUCGGAUUUUAUCAAAGCAUAUGAACAUUUUUACGAACACAAGACUUGCUAUUCAAUCCUCCUCUUCGCCCCCCACACCAUUUAUCUACGCUAUUAAACAGUACCUUUGCCUUUCCCUUUCAAAAAACGCGGUUAGUCAUGUUCUUCCUGUUUUUGAAAUAUCUUGUGAAAUCUUUUGGUUAGUUUUGAAAAACAUGAAGAAUUUACUGAAAGAGGAAAUUGAGGUUUUCUUUACGGGAAUUUUCUUUCCUAUAUUUGAAAUGAAGUCUUCUACAGCAGAACAAAAGAUCAUACUUCUGAAUACUUUCUAUCGCAUAUCUAGAGAACCUCAAACCCUGAUUGAGCUAUACCUUAAUUAUGAUUGUGCUGGGGGAAAUACUGACAACAUAUACGAACAUAUGAUUAAUGUUCUCUCAAAAACUGUGAAUAUGAACAUGAACCAUCCUCCUGUUGCAGAACUUCCGUCUGGUUCAAAUGAUUUUACGGAAAUAACUGGCUAUGUCUACAAAACAUUAGAUGAAACACCUGUACUCAAUGUUUCCGCCGUUUCGAUAUACUCCUCAUUACAAACGCCCCCACACCUAGAUUAUCAAAUUAAAGUGAAGUCUUUCAAAUGUCUUCUUUCGGCUAUGGUAUCUCUCAUAUCAUGGUGCAAAAGCGACUUUUUUACUGCGGCUUCUGGAAAUGCAACUGAUGAAAGCAAUGACGAAACUAGCCGGGCUGAUGAUGCGUCUACAUCCUUUGAUAACAGUACCAACAGAUAUGCGAACUCAUCAAGCGAUGUUAAUGAUGGAGCUUCCACCCGUGCCUUGGAUGAUCCUUCUCAGUUUGAGAGUCUGAAGCAUAGGAAAAAUCAACUGCAUGAAGCCAUUAAAAAGUUUAACUUUAAUUCUAAACAUGGAUUGAAAAUGCUGCUUUCUCAUGAGUUUAUCAAGUCUGAUUCGCCUGAGGAUAUUGCGUAUUUCUUGCUGCAUACGGAAGGCCUAGACAAAACAAUGAUUGGUGAAUACCUAGGUGAGGGAAAUGAGAAAAGUAUUAGUGUAAUGCAUGCACUUGUCGAUCAACUGAACUUUAAAAAGCUUCCAUUCGUUAGUGCCUUACGCCAAUUCUUACAGUGUUUCCGUCUCCCCGGAGAGGCCCAGAAAAUUGAUCGCUUCAUGUUAAAGUUUGCUGAAAAGUAUGUUGUUGAUAAUCUCGGUGUCUUCAGGAAUGCUGAUACUGCUUAUGUUCUGGCUUAUUCCAUAAUCAUGCUUAACACUGAUCAACACUCGCCUCAAGUGAAGAAUAAGAUGACGAAAACCGACUUUAUUAAAAACAAUCGUGGUGUCGAUGAUGGAGCUGACUUAAGUGAUGAGUAUCUUGCAGCCAUUUAUGAUGACAUUCAAAAAAACGAAAUUGUUUUAAAAACCAAAGAUGAAAUUAUGGGACCAAGUGCUCCAUGGCACAAUUUGGUUGCAAGCUUGGGGGGUCCUCUCAAAGUUGUUGCUAAGGAUGUUCAGCGUGAGGCUUAUUACAUGGCUUCAAAUCGAAUGGCUACAAAAGCAGAAGAGCUUUUUAAGGAUUUGCUACGUCAACAAAAGCAUACUUCUUCGCAGAUUGGUAAAAACAUAUACUAUAUUGCAAGCCAUUGGGAACAUGUUGGUCCCAUGUUUGAAGUAGUUUGGAUGCCCAUUCUUGCCGCACUCUCCAUUCCUCUUCAGCUGUCAAUGGAUGAUGCCUUAAUUAGGCUAUCCUUAAAUGGUUUUGAGUUGGCCUUGGAUAUUGUUUGCUUGUUUGAUUUGGAAUUGCCAAAAAAUGCUUACAUCCAAACCCUGACUAAGUUUACUCAUUUAAGCAAUAUAUCUGAGAUGCAGUCAACCAACAUAUAUAUCCUGCAUACAUUAUUAAGUAUCGCUCUUAUUCAUGGAAAUGAAUUGAAGGAUUCUUGGCUUCACGUGUUGCGAUGCGUAAGCCAGUUUGAAAGACUACAAUUAAUUACUGCGGGCGUAUCCGGGGAAACUAUACCUGAUGUCUCUUUUGGGAAAGUUAGACGCUCUUUCUCUUCUGAUCAUAAGGACAGCGCACCUGCUAUUCAGAAAUCCAAACAUGUCCGCUCUAUAUCGGCAGUCGAUUCAGUAACUCCAGAAAUUGCAGAAAAAUCACGUUCGAGGGAACUAAUUGUGGCUGUCGACAAGUUGUUCUCAAGUACUGUCAAUCUAUCGGGUGAAGCAGUUUCUUAUUUCGUUAAGGCUUUAAUUGACGUUUCGUGGGAAGAAAUCAAUAUUUCGGCUGAGUUGAAAAAUCCGCGCAUGUUUGGAAUCCAAAAAAUUGUCGAGUUAUGUUACUACAACAUGGGCCGAAUUCGAAUGGAAUGGUCCAAUAUAUGGACACUCUUGGGCGAUUACUUUAAUAAGGUUGGAUGCCAUAGAAAUCCGGUAAUUGCAUCAUUUGCAUUAGACUCUCUUCGUCAACUUUCAAUGCAAUUUUUAGAAAUAGACGAAUUAUCUCAUUUCAAGUUUCAGAAAGCGUUUCUUCACCCUUUUCUUUAUGCGAUGGAAAAUUCUUCGAGUGACGGCAUUAAAGACUUAAUUCUCCACUGCGUUCUCCAAAUUAUAAAGGCACGCUCACAAAAUAUUCGUUCAGGAUGGCGAACAAUAUUUAUGAUCUUAACGUCGGCAGCCGAGCAGGAGAAUGCUUCGCUUUUGAAUACGGCUUUUGCUGCCUGCACUUUAAUAUUUAGAAGCUCCAUAAAACCUGUGCUGUCUCAGCAUGCUUCUAAUGACAUGCUGGCAUGUUUCGCAAGCUUGGCUAUUGUUAAUUUGGAUCAAAAGCUAAGCUUGGGAAGUUUGGAACUUAUUAAGAGAACUGAGGACUAUCUGCUUGUUUUUGAAGAUGAAGAUUCUCAGCAACAGAAUGACGAAGCUGAGUUGAAGUAUUUACGCUAUUCGUACCUGGAAUCGUUGAUUAAGGUCAUUAAAUGCUCUCACGAUUUAGAAGUUCGUUCUCGUGCACUUUCUUACUUUUUUGACUCGUUGACUAAAAACGCAUCAAAAUUUAGUGAUGAUUUUCUUUUUGAUUUAUGUCAAGAAUUGAUAAUGCCGUUAUUUGCUAUUAAUGAUCAAAGCCAGCUGGCUCUUCAAGAAGAAGAAGGCGAUGUUUGGGUGCUUACUACAAUGGUAGAAGCACUUCGUUACUUCCUGGAAUUUAUUGAAAAACAUUUUCCCAAUCUGCAACCGCUUUUCUCAGUGUUGGUUAAAUGUCUUGAAGGUUUCAUAUGUCAAGAGAACAGCAUGCUUUCGAAAAUUGGCGUCAGCUGUUUGUCAGAGUUUAUUCAACAAAACGCACAACAUUUUGUAGACGAAAACUGGAAACUUAUCGUUAAGACGUAUGAGGACAUCCUUGAUCGAUCAUUGCCUGUUGGUAUUCAUGCUUUGGCCGCUCGCAUUGGUGAAGAGAACAAAAGUGUUGAUGCAGAUCAGGCAUCUUUAGAACAUCAAACAGGGCAAGAAGUUGCUUCAUCUAACAAUAGCUCAUUCAAAGCUAAUCGUCUCAAAAAUAAACAGUUAAAAGCUGUGGUUAUAAAGUGUUCUUUGCAACUUUUGAUUUUGGAAUCUUUGGAAUCAUUACUCACAGAUAAAAAAGUGCUGUGCGCCAUUCCGACCUCUUCAAGUUUUAAUUUAUUACUUGUCAUCAAAAGAUCAUGGACUUUUGCCGUCGAAUUUAAUAACGAUAGCAAGACCCGCCUUUCUCUCUAUAAUACAGGGUUCAUGAGUUAUCUUCCUAAUCUUCUUGGGCAAGAGUCUCUAUGUGCUACAAUAUUUUUAAAGUUUACAUUUAGUCUUUUGGGAAAAGCGCCCACUGACUCGGAGAAUAUGACUACCGAUGAACUUGAAAGCAAAGUAUUUGAGCAACUUAAGCUUGCUCUACAGCUCGUACAACAAGGUUACAGUCGGGUGAUAACGGAAUCCUCGAAUAAAGGAAUUGCAUCCUACCAGUCUAUUCUCCUUUUUGUCUCAGAGGCGGUCCUUGCGCUUCCUCCUCAACAUGUGGUUAUGGUCAAGAGUAUGUUUUACAAUUUUUUUGCAUAUUGUCUACAGUUUGGACAGAUUGACAAGAACCUUGGCCAAAGCCUUUCAAAGUUUUUCUUAAGAACCGCUGACAUGGUGGAGACGAAAUAACGUGUUUGAUGAGAACUACCAAUUCUACUAUGAAAGGGGGGUGAAAGACAUCAAUACUCAAAGACUAUUGAGACAUGAAUAAUGAGUUUCACAAAUCAAACCUCUACCAUUACUUAAUCCCUUUACCAAUCCACUUGCAUUUAUAUAUAUUUCAUUUGUCCAAUUUUGGAAUGUUUGAACUUACGGAGCGCUGCAAGUUGUACGAAACCUUAAUAACGAUCCUUUUCUUUAGCGUGAUUGCCUAAAAAGCAUACUUUAUCUUAAACAUUCGGUACUCUGGAUAGUCUCGUCCGUCUUCUCUGCAUGUCAAAAGAACAGUUUUUGAGAGAUGCUGUUGAUUCUCAAUCGUGUAGAUUGUGCUUACGGAAACGUUUGUAAAUGCUGUAGAGAUGCCAAGCUCACUGUUGUUUGGUUUUUCUGGUUUCUCCUUUGCUGAAGUUGGAGAGGACAGGCUCACUUUUUUUGAAGAUGCCAAAUUCUUGGAGUCAGAGAGCAGAGAGUUGAAUUCAUCGAUUAGCUCUUUCGUUUUUGAAGUUUUUAUGUGAGAUUCUGUUUUCUGUGUGGGGUUAACAUUAUCCGCUGUUCUCUUAACUAGCUUCUUUCCGUUUCUUGAUAGUGCCGAUUGCUCAACGUUUCGUUUCUUUCCGAACAGUGAAUGUUUGUUAACACGAUUUAAGGGUUUGAAGAUAUUCAAUAUACAAAGGUUUGAGUUCAUUUGGAACGGCAG